AUACUCUUCCCGUAUCAUCCUUUCUACUUUUCCUACUGGAAGCGAACAUUUCAAACUUUUCUUGCUCAAUAAACUGCCAGCCUUAACUCAUAAUCUUCGAAUCUCUCUCUCGAUUCUUUCUGUCUCCUCUCCCUUAAGAUCCUCCAUUUUCAAAUUUCCAAGUUUUGGCUGUUUCUCUCCAAUGAUUACUUACGAUAUCGAAUAUUUUCGAAACUUUUGUGCGGAGUAGAGAGGUUUUGGUAGCGAAUUUGUGUGAAUGAGAUAUUGUUGGUUGUAGUGAUCGAGGACGACGAAAAUGUUGGAGGAUCAAGUCGCUUACUUACUUCAAAGAUAUUUAGGGAAUUAUGUCAAAGGUCUUAGCAAAGAAGCUCUCAAAAUUAGUGUUUGGAAUGGUGAUGUAGAGUUAACUAACAUGCAACUAAAGCCUGAGGCACUCAAUGCUUUAAAAUUGCCAAUCAAAGUAAAGGCUGGAUUUCUUGGAUCUGUCAAACUCAAGGUUCCUUGGAGUAGGCUUGGGCAAGAUCCUGUGCUAGUUCACCUUGAUCGAAUAUUUUUGUUAGCUGAACCUGCCACACACAUUGAAGGAGGCAGUGAAGAUGCUAUUCAGGAGGCCAAAAGAAGUAGAAUACGGGAAAUGGAAAUGAAGUUGUUGGAAAGAGCCGAACACUUAAAGACCGAAGAACUGAACAAAUCUUGGUUAGGAUCGUUAAUUAGCACCAUAGUUGGAAACCUGAAGCUUUCAAUUUCAAAUAUCCAUAUCAGAUAUGAAGAUGGUGAAAGCAACGUUGGCCACCCAUUUGCUGCUGGUGUAACCUUGGGCAAACUUUCAGCUUUCACUGUGGAUGACGCUGGAAAUGAAACUUUUGUUACUGGGGGUGCAUUAGACAAUAUCCAGAAGUCUGUGGAAUUGGAGCAUUUAGCUUUCUAUUUCGAUUCUGAUGUUACACCUUGGCGUAUCGACAAACCAUGGGAGGAUUUGCUUCCUUCUGAAUGGUCUCAGGUUUUCAAGUUUGGGACAAAGGAUGGCAAAGUGGCCGGAAGUUGUGUGGAUAAACAUAGCUAUAUCCUUGAACCAGUAUCUGGAAAGGCAAAGUACCUAAAAUUGCGGUCAGAUGUUUCUCCUGUUACCAAUCAACCCUUGCAGAAGGCAGUAAUAAACUUGGAUGAUGUGACGAUUUGUUUAUCCAAGGAUGGUUAUGGAGAUAUGUUGAAGUUAGCAGAUAAUGUUGCUGCUUUUAAUCAACGUUUGAAGUAUGCACACUAUCGGCCACUUGUCUCAGUUAAAUCUGAUCCUAGGUCCUGGUGGAAGUAUGCGUACAAGGCUGUAUUAGAUCAAGUAAAGAGGGCUAGUGGGAGAUUAUCAUGGGAGCAGGUGCUGAAGUUUGCAAGUCUAAGGAAGAAAUAUAUUUCUGUAUAUGCUUUGCUACUAAAAUCAAAUCCAAGUCAGGCUGUGGUUGAUGACAAUGAUGAAGUUCGUAAAUUAGAUCGUGAGCUUGAUAUUGAUCUUGUUGUGCAGUGGAGGAUGGUUGCUCACAGAUUUGUGGGACAGUCAAUAGAAUCAGACUUGAGGAAACAGCGAGAGAAGAAGUCAUGGUGGUCUUUUGGGUGGGGCGCUGAAUCACCCCAAACUGAGAAUGAAACGUUACAGUUCACUGAUGAGGACUGGGAACGCUUGAACAAAGUGAUAAAAUACAAGGAAGGUGAUGCUGGACAAUAUCUUGAAGCCAGAAAAGAUGUAAUGCAUACUGCAUUUGAGCUUCACAUGAAACGGAAUGCGUCAAAGUUGAUUGAUGGGGAUGAAUGUGUUGCUGAAUUGUCUUGUGAGAGCCUGAAGUGCUCAGGAAGUCUAUAUGCAGAGACAAAGAUUUUAGACCUGAAGUUGGGCUCAUAUCAUCUUAAAUCACCACAUGGGCUUUUAGCUGAGAGUGCUACUGUCCAUGAUUCUCUUGCCGGUACCUUUGUUUAUAAGCCUUUUGAUGUGGAGGUUGACUGGAGUUUUGUUGCAAAAGCUUCUCCUUGUUAUAUAACCUAUCUUAAAGAAUCACUCGAUCAGAUUGUAAAGUUUUUUGAGAGCACUAAUGUCAGCCAAACAUUAGCUAUAGAGACUGCAGCUGCUUUUCAGACGACCAUUGAUGAAAUGAAGCGGACAGCACAAGAGCAAAUGUCUAGGGCUUUGAGGGAUCAAAGCAGGUUUCUGCUCGACCUGGAUAUUGCAGCUCCCAAGAUUACAAUUCCUACAGAAUUUUAUCCAGAUGGUCAACAUGCUACAAAACUUUUGCUCGAUUUGGGAAAUCUUACAAUCCGUACAAAGGAUGACCAUGGAUCAGAAUCAUCUGAAAUCAAACAUUUGUACUUGCAAUUUGAUAUGGUACUCAGUGAUGUAUCUGCUUUCCUAGUGGACGGUGAUUACUCCUGGGGAGAAGUGUCUUUGAGAGGGCAACCUAGUUCUUUGAAGGCAUCAAGUGUGAAUUUUUUGCCUGUUAUGGACAAAUGUGGUGUGGUUCUCAGGCUCCAACAGAUAAGGGUGGACAAUCCAUCACAUCCUCCCAUGAGAGUGGCUGUUCGGGUGCCAUCUUUGGGAUUUUAUCUUUCCCCAGCUCGCUAUCAUCGCUUGAUGCAAGUAGUAAAGAUAUUUACGGAUGAUGACAAGGGAGCAGAACCUUUGCGUCCAUGGAAGCAAGCUGAUUUUGAGGGCUGGGUUUUCCUUUUAACUCGGAAGGGAGUAGGAAACAGGGAUGCUGUUUGGCAGCGAAGAUACUUCUGUUUAGUUGGGCCAUUCCUUUACAUACUAGAGAGCCCAGACUCCAGAACCUACAGACAAUAUCUAAGUUUGAGAGGCAAACAACUCUAUAAGGUGCCUGCCGAAAUCGUUGGUGAUGAGGAACACGUACUUGCUAUAUGUGAUGCUACACGUAUCCAAGCCAUGGGCAAGGUUGUUGAGCAAGCAAAUGUAUUGAUCUUGCGCUUUGAUUCAGACGACUCUCAGAGCGUGUGGCACACCCGCCUUCGGAGUGCUAUAUAUCGUGCAUCAAUUUCUGCUCAAAUUAGUACUUUGUCUGAAUCGUCAUCGGAUGCUGAAAGCUCAGAAUCUGAUACUAUGGAGCGUAAUGGCGCUGUUGAUGAUAUACACACAGAGAAAAUAUUUAUAACUGGUGUGUUAGAUGAGUUAAAAAUCGCUUUCAACUAUAAUCAGGAGCAUGACCAAAGUUUUAUGAAGAUGCUGCUAUCUGAAGAGAAGCACUUGUUUGAAUUCCGAGCUGUUGGAGGUCUGGUGGAGAUUGUGAUCAAGGAAAAAGAUAUGUUCAUCGGAACACUCUUGAAAUCCUUGGAGAUAGAAGAUUUAGUAUGUAGAGGAACAUCUCAAUGUCGUUAUCUGGCUAGGUCAUUCAUUGGAGCCCCUGAUGUGAGCAUGAUAUCUGAAGAAUCCAGACAGAGCAGUAAUGGUGAAUUCUCUACUGAAGGCGAUGAUAAGUUUUAUGAGGCUCCAGAGAAUCUCCCUGAGAGUGACUUUGUCAUUCCUGAAGUAUCAUCAUUUAAACCCCCCAGCUUUAGCAGGGUGCCUGGUCUUCUGCCAGAUAGCUCCAUUCAUUCUACAGCACAGAAAAAUGGGGAUGUUGAUGAAUUUGGAAGUUUUGUUAAAGCUCAAAUAAUAAUCUAUGACCAGAAUUCUCCUUUCUAUAGUAAAAUAGACAAUAUGGUUGUGGUGACCCUUGCCACCUUAUCAUUUUUCUGUCGUAGGCCUACAGUUGCUGCUGUUAUGGAUUUUGUGAGUGGAAUCACUGUUGAAGAUUCAAGUUGUGAAUCUUUUAGUGAUACCUCGUCAAUAGCGAAUCAGCAGCUUGAAAUUCCUAUUGAAGAUACUGAUCCACAAAAUUCGAAUGUUGUUGCUCAUCCUGUUGUCAAGGGUCUCUUGGGAAAGGGGAAAUCCAGAAUAAUCUUUUGCCUAGUCUUAAAUAUGGCUCGUGCCGAGAUUGUUCUUGUGAAGGAAGAUGAAAGGAAGCUCGCUACUUUGUCACAAGAUAACUUUCUUACUGAUAUUAAGGUUUUUCCUUCAUCAUUCAGUGUCAAAGCUGCCAUAGGUAAUCUGAGGAUAAGCGAUGACAGUCUCUCUCCUGAACACUUCUAUUUUUGGGCCUGUGACAUGAGGAACCCUGGGGGCAGUUCAUUUGUGGAGAUGUUUUUCUCUUCAUAUAGCUCGGAUGAUGAUGAUUAUAAAGGGUUUGAUUACAGCCUCUCUGGACAACUUUCUGAAGUGAGGAUUGUGUUCUUGAAUCGCUUUAUUCAGGAGGUAGUGAGUUACUUUGUGGGUCUUGCUCCCAACACUUCGAAUAGUGUUGUCAAAUUGAAAGAUCAGGUCACUGAUUCUGAGAAGUGGUUUACUACUAGUGAAAUUGAGGGUUCGCCUGCUAUGAAGCUGGACUUAUCACUUACAAGGCCGAUAAUUUUAAUGCCUCGUAGAACGGACAGUCUCGAUUUUCUGGAGCUUGAUGUGUUGCAUAUAACUGUCCAGAAUACCUUCCAGUGGUUUAAUGGCACUAAACACGAAAUGAAUGCUGUUCACAUUGAAACAUUGACUAUAAUGGUUGAAGAUAUCAAUUUGAAUGUUGGAGCGGGAAAAAAAUUGGGUGAUAGCAUAAUUCAAGAUGUCAAUGGAUUGUCAAUUGUUCUUUGGCGCUCACUUCGAGACUUGUUACAUCAAAUUCCAAGUAUAGAAGCGACAAUAGAGAUGAAUGUACUGAAAGCUUCUUUGUCUAACAAAGAAUACCAGAUCAUUACAGAAUGUGCACAAUCAAAUUUUUCUGAGAUUCCCAAUACUGUGCCUCCACUACAAUGGAAUCACAAAACACCAACCAUUGAUUUGGUCGAGUCUGAAGCUACUUUGGAUUUAGAACCAACUGAAAUUGAAUCUCAUACUAGAGAAGUCUGGAUCAACAUGAAAGUCAUUGUUGCUAUUAACUUAAUGGAAUUAAGCUUGCAUUCAGGUCCAGCAAGAGAUUCACCCCUGGCUACGGUGCAGAUGAACAAUGCAUGGCUUCUUUACAAGUCUACCACAAUUGGAGAUAGCUCUCUAUCUGUCACACUCCAAAGUUUUAAUGUACUAGAUGACCGCGAGGGUACUCAGGAACAGUUUAAACUGGCAAUUGGACAGCCAAAGAGUGUAAAGUAUAGUUCUUUAGGCUUUGAGAAUGAAAUUGGGCAGAUAGAUGCUACAAUGCUUAUUGUCGAUGCAACAUUCAGUGAGGAGUCAUCAUUUAUCUGUUUGUGUAUACAAAGGCCUCAAUUGCUUGUUGCACUUGAUUUUCUACUGGCAGUGAUUGAAUUCUUUGUCCCAACAGUGCGGGGCAUCAUAUCAAAUGAGGAGGAUGAAAUACCAAUGAAUUUAGUUGAUGCAAUCAUUUUGAAUGAAUCUGUGUACAUCCAACCCACUGUCGAAUGUACCAUUUCUCCUCACAAACCUCUGAUCAUUGAUUAUGAAAAAUUUGAUCAUUUUAUCUAUGAUGGAAAUGGUGGGACCUUAUUGCUGAAAGAUAGACAGGGCUCCAUUAUUUCAUCUUGUAGUACAGAAGCAAUAAUCUACGUUGGAAAUGGAAAAAGAUUGCAAUUCAAAAACAUUGUCAUCAAGGAUGGUCGAUUUUUGGACUCUUGUGUGGUAUUAGGAGCCAACAGUAGCUAUUCUGCUUCUGAGGAUGAUCAUGUUGUCUUGAAGUAUGAAGAUGGACCUCCAGAAAAUACUUUAAGGAAUAUUCAAGUUACAGAGCUCCAAAAUACUGAAAAUAGAAAACCUUCAGAAUUCAUAAUUGAGUUGCAGGCAAUAAGUCCAGAACUUACUUUUUAUAGCUCAUCAAAAGACAUUGGUAAUUCAGCAAGUUUGUCCAACAAACUUCUGUAUGCUGAACUGGAUGCAUUUUCCAGAAUUGUGUUGAAGGGUGAAACUAUGGAAAUGACAGCAAAUGCACUUGGAUUGACUAUGGAGAGCAACGGAGUCAGAAUUUUAGAGCCAUUUGAUACAAGCAUCAACUUUUCGAGAGUUGCUGGAGAGACAAACAUACAUCUCUCAGCUUCUGAUAUAUUCAUGAAUUUUUCCUUUAGCAUCUUGCGCCUUUUUCUGGCUGUUCAAGAAGAUAUUUUGUCCUUUUUAAGAAUGACUUCGAAGAAAUUGACAGUCAGUUGUUCUGAGUUUGACAAAGUAGCUGUGGUGGAGUAUCCCCAGAAUGACCAAAUUUUUGCCUUUUGGAGACCUCGCGCACCCCCUGGUUUUGUUGUUCUCGGUGACUAUUUGACUCCGGUGGACAAGCCACCUUCCAAGGCAGUUCUUGCUGUAAACAAGAACCUUGUGAAACUCAAGAGACCUGAGUCUUACCGAUUGAUAUGGCCAAGUAGUACGUUUAAUGAUGUUUCUGACUCAGAAGGCAUCAACAGACUGGUCAAUGUCAUCCAGGAGGCAAAUGUAAACUGUUCAAUUUGGUAUCCUGUGGCGCCAAAAGGUUAUGUUGCUCUGGGAUGUGUAGUUUCAUCUGCAACAGUACCACCUCCAUUGUCGUCUUCGUUUUGCAUCUUGGCUUCUUUGGUUUCUCCUUCUCCAUUGAGAGACUGUGUGAUGAUUGGAGCAGGCAAUGAACAUUCGCUGACUUUGCCCCUCUGGCGUGUGGAUAAUUGUGCUGGGACAUUCUUGCCAACAGAUCUUAAUUCAAUGAAGCUAGUUGGUGGAGCAUAUGACUUGCGUCGUAUAUUCUUUGGGUUAUCAGAGCUCUCACCAGAUGUUCCCAGAAGUAUUCCUAGUCAGAUAUCGCCACAAAAUGGAUCCUUAUCUGCCGAGUCUGCAAUCGCAAAUUCUGGACGGCAUUAUGAAGUUGUUGCAAGCUUCCGUCUAAUUUGGCGAAAUCAAGGUUCGAGGUCAAAAAAGAAACUAUCUAUAUGGCGCCCGGUGGUGCCACAGGGGAUGGUGUACUUUGGUGAUAUUGCCGUCAAAGGGCAUGAACCUCCAAAUGCCUGCAUUGUUGCUGAAGAUACUGGUGAUGAACUGUUCAAAGAACCUUCAGACUUCCAGAUGGUUGCGAGGAUUAAGAAGCAAUGGGGAACUGAGCCUGUUUCUUUUUGGUUGCCUCAAGCUCCGCCUGGCUAUGUUCCUCUGGGCUGUAUAGCCUGUAAAGGAUCACCAAAGGAAUAUGACUGUAGCUCAUUGAGAUGCAUACGGAGUGACAUGAUUACUAGCGAUCAUUUUUCUGAAGAAAGCUUGUGGGAUACAAAUGAUGCUGGGCUUAGAUCAGAACCAUUUAGCAUAUGGACAAUAGGUGGGGAAUUAGGAACAUUUCAUGUCAGGAGUGGAUACAAGAAACCCUCCAAAAGAUUCGCAGUGAAGCUUGCACAUAAAUGUGCGACAGAUGGCAAGGAGGAUACAUUCAUUGAUGCAGAAAUUAAAACAUUUUCUGCUGCAUGUUUUGAUGACUUUGGUGGAUUGAUGGUCCCAUUGUUUAAUGUAUCCUUAAGUGGUAUAGGAUUCUGUUUACAUGGAAGGCCUGACUACUCAAAUUCCAAUGUCAACUUCUCUCUUGCAAUAAGGUCAUACAAUGACAAGUAUGAAGCUUGGGAGCCUGUGGUGGAGGCAGCUGAUGGAUUUUUGAGGUAUCAGUAUGACUUAAAUUCCCCUAGUGCUGCUUCACAGUUACGUCUCACUUCCACAAAAGAUUUGAAUGUGAAUCUUUCUAGUUCCAAUAUCAAUAUGAUUCUCCAGGCUUAUGCAAGCUGGAGCAGCCUCAGUGAAGUCCAAGAGUCCUACAUCAGAAGAGAAAUAUUUUCUCCAACUCAGAAAGAUAUCUCUGCUGACAGUGUGCAUCAUAAAAGAAAUUAUUUCAUUAUUCCAUGUAACAAGCUCGGUCAAGACAUUUUUAUUCGGGCCACUGAAAUCAGGGAGCUUUCAAGUGUGGUAAUGAUGCCAUCUGGGGAUAUGAAGCCUCUAAAAGUUCCUGUAUCAAAAAAUAUGUUGAACUCCCACUUAAGAGGGAAUAUUGACCAAAAGAUUUAUACAAUGGUGACAUUGAUAAUUGCUGAAGCACAUUUCAAAAAGGUGGAUGGUCUGUCUUCUAGUCAGUAUGCUGUAGCAGUGCGCCUUAGUUCUGAACCGAUGCUAUCAGAUGUCAAAGUACUCGAUCAGCAACAAAGUGUGCGUACAUGUGGCCGGCGCGCUGAGGCAUGCAGUUCUUCUGAGCUUGAUAGUGUUAAAUGGAGUGAAGUUUUUUUCUUUAAAGUUGACUCUCCGGAUAAUUACCAGUUGGAGCUUAUCAUGACUGACAUCGGAAAAGGAGAUCUAGUUGGAUCGUUUUCCAUCCCCUUGAAACAAAUAGCAGCUUUUGAAGGUUCAUAUUCCCAUGAUGAUGGCAAUAAAUGGAAAUGGGUUGAUCUAUUUCCUCCGGAACCUAAGAUGUUGUCCAAGGGAGAGACUUCAAACAAAUCACAUGGAAGAUUAAAGCUCUCUGUUCUUUUCUCAUCAAAUUCAAAAUUCGAAGCGGAAACCAGGAAGGAUCCGUUUGCUGAUGGUAAAAAGUCUGGGUUUAUCCAGAUUAGUCCCAGCAGGGAAGGGCCAUGGACUACAGUAAGGUUGAAUUAUGCUGCUCCUGCUGCUUGUUGGAGAUUAGGCGAUGACGUUGUUGCAAGUGAAGUUAGUGUUCGAGAUGGCAAUAGAUAUGUGAACAUCAGAUCCCUUGUUUCAGUUCGUAAUGAUACUGAUUUCACACUUGAUUUGUGCCUGAGGGCCAAGGAACAAUCUGAAUCAAUGAGGGGACUGAAUGAUCCACGGGCACAUGACAAGUUAAAUUUGAAUAAUGAAAGGAUAGAAACCGUAGAUUUUUUUGAAGUAGAAAAGUAUGUACCUGAUGUUGGUUGGGUUUGUUGCUCUGGAAAGCCUUGUACAGAUCAAUCAGCUGGUGGUGUAAUUGACAAGAUAAUCUCAGGAGAAGGAUCACCGUUGGGAUGGGUAUGGGAUGAUGAUUGGCAUCUUGAUAAGGCAUCAUCUUGUAGCUCUGGUGGAUGGGCUUAUGCUCCGGAUCAGGAAAGACUAAGGUGGCCAGAGUCUUAUGAUGCCGGAAAUUAUGUGUUACAUGCAAGGCAACGCAGAUGGAUCAGAAAUAGGAAACGGAUCUCGAGUGAUGCACAACAACUUGUAUCCAUUGGGAUCCUUAAGCCUGGUGAAUCUACUCCACUUCCUCUUGCGUGUGUGACGCAAGCUGGAUCUUAUGUUUUGUUGUUACGACCGUUAAAUUUUGGUAUUUCAGAUGAAUAUGCUUGGAGUAAAGUAGUAGAAAAGCCUGCUGAAAUACAGAGUUCUGGUGAACCUCAAGAAGAUGAUGUGAUUUGCGUAUCCGAUCUGGUGGAAUCUGAGAAACUUUUGUACUGUGAACAGAAUAGUGGAACUUCUUCUCGUGGCUCCCAUGGAAUGUGGUUCUGCUUGAGUGUGCAGGCUACCGAAAUUGCAAAAGAUAUUCGCUCAGAUCCCAUCCAGGAUUGGUGUCUUGUGGUUAAGUCCCCUUUAAAUAUUGCCAAUUAUCUUCCCUUGAUAGUUGAGUAUUCAAUUCUGGAAAAGCAAGCAAGUGGUCACUUUGUUGCACAUUCUAGAGGCAUUUUUUCCCCUGGGAAAGCUGUGAAUGUAUAUGCUGCUGAUGUUACAAAAUCUUUAUUCUUGUCUCUGCUUCCACAAAAAGGGUGGCUUCCAUUGCAUGAAGCUGUUCCCAUAUCUCAUCCUGGUGGAGUGUCAUCCACAACUCUGAGUUUAAAAAGUUCAAUUUCUGGAAGGAAUGUUCAAGUUGUUCUUGAGCAAUUUCAUGGCAAAGAACAACCAUCAAUGCCGAAGGUCGUCAGAAUUUACGCCCCCUAUUGGUGUGCUGUUGCCAGAUGCCCUCCUCUUACAUUUAGGCUAGUCGAUUUGGCUGACAGAAAGGCAGAAAAAAUUACCUCUCCAUUGAAAUCACGAAAUAGCAAUUCAGAAACAAGUGGAAAAAUUACUGAAGAUGAAUUUCAGGAAGGUUGCACAAUUGCUUCAUCUCUGAGCUUCAAAUCAGUGGGACUACAAGCAUCUAUUGCCAAUGAUGGUGAAGAUUCAUUUGGACCCGUUAAGGAUCUUUCUCCACUUUGUGAUAUGGAUGGAUCACUGGAUUUGUCUGCUUAUGAUUCUGCUGGUAAUUAUAUUCGAAUGUUCAUAACCAUCAAACCUUGCCCUUAUCAAUCGAUUCCUACAAAGGUAAUCUCCAUCAGACCAUACAUGACUUUCACAAACAGAACAGGUCAGGAUGUCUUUAUUAAGCUGAGCAGCAACAAUGAACAAAAGGUCUUAAGGAAAUCAGAUUCAAGAGUGUGCUUUCUUUUUCAGGAAACAAAUGAAUGUAAUAAACUUCAGAUUCGCUUGGGGGAUACCAACUGGUCAUUUCCUAUUGAGAUCCAUAAGGAAGACACACUCUCUCUUGUUUUAAGGAAGGAAAAUGGCAAACGUUUAUUUGUGACGAUGGAAGUUCGAGGCUAUGAGGAAGGAUCACGGUUCAUUGUAGUUUUCCGUCAAGGCUCAAAAUGUCCCUUCAGGAUUGAAAAUAGAACGAGUAAGGCAAUUAAUCUCAGUCAGAGUGGAUUUGGUGAUGAUCACUUAAUCCACUUGAUACCUCUGUCUACAACAAACUUUUCUUGGGAUGAUCCGUACGGUGACAAAACUAUCAAUGUUAGUGUCUAUAGUGAUAAUAGAGUGAGUACAUCAACACUCAAUUUGGAAACUGCAGUAAUGUGUAUACUCGAAGGAACAGGAGUACAGUUUCAACUUGUGGACACUGGCAAUAUCACUGUUGCUCGAUUCACGGAGGAACAACCGUUCAGGUAUACUGAUGGCCACCGAAGGCUUGAAACUGGGGAGAGUCUUCCGAUGCAGAGAGCAGUGCGAAGUACUGUUUCACCCUUUGAAGUUACUGUAGAACUUGGUGUGCUUGGUAUCUCUGUGAUAGACCACAGACCUAGAGAGCUUUCUUAUUUAUACUUGGAGAAGGUCUAUAUAGCAUAUUCAACUGGCUAUGAUGGCGGGACUACGAGCAGGUUCAAACUCACUAUAGAUCAGUUACAGAUGGAUAAUCAGCUUCCCUUGACGGCGAUGCCGGUUUUACUUGCACCUGAGCAAACUGAUAUGCUACAUUCAGUAUUGAAAAUGAAACUAACAAUUCGAAAUGAGAACACUGAUGGCAUCCAAGUGUAUCCAUAUGUGUUUAUACGAGUGACUGAUAAAUGGUGGAGGCUCAAUAUUCAUGAACCAAUUAUUUGGGCUGCAAUGGAUUUUUACAAUAACCUACAGCUUGAUCGUCUUCCACAAAACCCAAAUGUUACACAAGUUGAUCCAGAGAUACGUAUCGACCAUGUAGAUGUAUCUGAAGUAAGAUUGAAAGUUGCUCUGGAAACAGCACCAGCUCAAAGACCGCAUGGGGUUUUGGGAGUUUGGAGUCCUUUAUUAUCAGCCAUCGGCAGUGCAUUUAAAAUUCAAAUUCACUUACGAAAGGUUAUGCACAGAGACAGAUUCAUGCGAAAGAGCGCUGUGGUUCCUGCCAUUACAAAUCGAAUCUGGAGGGAUUUAAUACACAAUCCUCUGCAUCUCAUACUUUCAGUUGAUGUACUAGGCAUGACAAGAUCUACUUUAGCUUCGCUUAGCAAAGGUUUUGCUGAGCUUUCUACUGAUGGACAUUUCCUACAAUUACGUUCAAAGCAGGUAUGGUCUAGAAAAAUUACAAGUGUAGGUGAUGGCUUUAUCCAAGGAACUGAAGCUCUGGCACAAGGUGUUGCAUUUGGCGUGUCGGGAGUUGUUAGGAAGCCUGUUGAGAGUGCUAGGCAGAAUGGUGUUCUAGGACUUGCUCAUGGAUUGGGGAGAGCUUUCGUGGGGUUCAUUGUGCAACCCAUGAGUGGAGCACUAGAUUUUCUUUCGUUAACUGUUGAUGGCAUUGGUGCAAGUUGUGCCAGAUGCUUUGAAGUGUUGAACAACAGGAGCUCGCUGCAAAGAAUCAGAAAUCCGCGAGCCAUACAUUCAGAUAGUAUUCUUCGGGAAUACGAUGAAAAAGAAGCUCUCGGACAGAUGACACUUUGGCUUGCGGAAGCUAGUCAUAACUUAGGAUGCACAAAAAUCUUUAAAGAACCCUCCAAAUAUGCUUGGUCCGACUACUAUGAAGAUCAUUUCAUGUUGCCUCAAUUAAGGAUAUUAUUGGUUACGAACAAAAGGGUUAUGCUUCUUCAGAUCAAAGAUUUGGAGAAUAUGGACAAAAAACCUAGCAAGAUCAUGUGGGAUGUACCUUGGGAAGACCUGUUAGCACUUGAGUUAGCAAAAGCAGGAAGACCUCAACCGUCUCAUCUGAUUCUUCAUCUUAAGACUUUCAAUAGAUCUGAGCCGUUUGCUCGGAUCAUCAAGUGCAAGUCUGUUGAAGGAUCUGAAGGUGGAGAACCGCUAGCAGUUAAAAUCUGCAUGACUGUACGAAAAAUGUGGAAAGCCUAUCAAUCUGAUACAAGAAGCUUAAUUUUAAAGGUACCUUCAAGUCAGAGACGUGUGCACUUCUCUUGGAGUGAAGCUGAUAGGAGAGAUCUUCAAAGCCAAAAUAAAGCUACUGUUAUUUCAAGGGAAGCGUCAUCAUCUAGUUCAGUGUCGCAUGAGAGGAGGUUUGUAGAACACAGUUUCAACUUUGUUAAGAUUUGGAGUAGCAAUAUGGAAUCUAAAGGCAGGUGCACGUUGUGUAGAAAGAAGGCUGUUGGGGAUGAUAUCAUAUGUAGCAUCUGGAGACCAGCUUGUCCUUCUGGGUAUGUGUCUAUUGGUGACGUAGCUCAUAUUGGUGGUCAUUCGCCAAGCAUUGCUGCUGUCUAUCAUUACAAUGAUCAGAUGUUUGCACUUCCAGUGGGCUUUGACUUGGUAUGGAGGAAUUGUGCAGACGAUUAUAUAACUCCAGCAUCUAUAUGGCUUCCACGAGCUCCAGAAGGAUUUGUCACCCUAGGAUGUGUGGCUGUACCAGGAUUCAAGGAGCCCGAACCCAAUGUAGUCUAUUGUGUGGCAGAAUCAUUAGUUGAGGAUGCAGAAUUUGAGGGAGAAAUGAUCUGGUCUUCACCAGAUUCAUAUCCAUGGCCCUGUUACUUUUAUCAGGUUCAGAGUCCUGCUCUUCAUUUUGUAGCUUUAAGACAGUCCAGGGAAGGUUCUGAGUGGACUCCAAAGAAGGUGCGUGAGGAUGUGCUUUCUUCAUCGGUCUCAUUUGAGACUCACUGAGCCGUGCUCCUUUUAUUGGAAAUAUUGUUUUCUUUUAAACAUCCUGUGUUUAUACCAUACAUAGGGUCUUGCUAUUGAUGUACAUAUAUUAAAUACUUUUCUGGAGCGAUGUUCUCGUCUGCAUAGAAAAUACAGUUUUGGGCCUUUUGACUGCUAGAUGUCUGAGAACAUUUUUUUGAAUAUGUAGUAUAAUACUGUAAUUCAUGAUUGUAAAAUCCUCAAAGAAAAUAAGACAUCAAUUUACAGGGAAAA